AUGUCUCUGGAGGAAGAAGAUGUGCCAGUGGACCUCCCUGACCUGCCGCAAUUCAGUGCAGUGGAGAGUAAUAAGUUGAGUAUUAUUGGGAGAACCUUGAAUCCUGAGAAGCAGAGAAUGAAGGAUCUCAUAUUGGAUAUGCCUAGGAAGUGGCAAGUGUAUGAUCGAGUUCGUGGGGUGGCUCUGUCUCCCUCCAUGUUCCAAUUUACUUUCAAAUAUGAACAUGACUUGGAAGAGGUCAUGCGGAAGCGUGUAUGGACCUUUAACGAAUGGAGUAUCAUUAUUGAUCGAUGGGUGGAGAAACCUCCCGAGGAUUACCUGAAGCAUCUACUCGUCUGGGUUCAGCUUCGGAAUAUUCCUGUGAAUCAUUACACAAAGGAAGCCAUAGAAGCGUUUGCUGAUAACUUGGGGAAGGUUGAUAUUGUUGCUUACGAACCAAGCAAGGCUCAGAGUAAUGACUAUGUCAGAGUCCGCAUUUUCUUUGAUGUGGCGAGACCGGUUCGGAAGACUAAGGUCUUCAAUUUACCAGGUGGGGGCUCCGUGACAAUAAGAUAUGACUUCGUGAGACUGCAGAAGCGGUGCUACCAUUGUCAACGCCUCACUCAUGACAAGGAUAAAUGCCUGAUCCUGAUACAAGAGAGGAAAGAUCAAGCAGUGGUACGACGUCAGAAGGUAAUGUUGGAGAAACAGAUUGAUGAGAUGAAGCUCCAUCAAGAUGACCCUCUCUUCGGGGUUCUAAGUGAUGAACAGGUGGGCCUGGAUAUGGUAACUGGAAGACAUAAAAUCAAUCCAGAGGUUCUACAAAACAUGCGUGAGUACUUACCUGCGCCGGAAGGUGGUGAGAAAAGAGUAAGGGAGGAACGUCAGAGGGAUUUCUUGAGGCUGGAGGCUCCACCUACGGUGACUAGCGAGGUGGAUAAGGACAAAGGACUGGCGUUUGAUUAUUCACUGAAGAAGGUGGAGAAUCAGCUGAUCUUGCGCAAGGAGAAGGACAUAAGAGAUUAUAAUACUCUACAGGAUCUGCGUAGCUCUGUUUCAUCUCCGGCUGGAGGUAGAGUGACGAUGACUGACUCCCCUCUUGAGUUCUUUGAAUGUUCAACGGGUUUUAGCGCUGGUAGCUCAGCUGCUAAAUCUUCCGGGACUUCGAACCUUAGGAGCGGGAAGAGAUUCAGACCUCCAAAGAGGAUGAGAAAGUUCAAAGCAAGAGUAUCUGACCUUGAUAGUGAGGAUGGGAGAAGGAAAGGUAUAGAAGAAGAUGAGGGGAAGCCUCCAUCAAAGAGAAGAGCUGAGUAUGUGGCAGAGGAGUUUAUGAGAGUAGCGAGGAGGUCAAAAUCAGAGGUGGUCCCAAAUGGGGGACUCCCCGAUCAAUAA